AUGCGAUCCCACGCACUUAGAGUUUUCCUGGCGUUUUCGUCUUGCUUUGGCGCGUCCGAGUCCUCCUCCUCCUCGCCGCCCGGCUAUUGGGGUCCUCGUCCCAAGCCCUCGCCGCCUGGGCCUCCCUCCGUGCACCUCUCAGACGGAACCUACGUCGGAGUACGGAGCGAGCAGUAUGGCCAGGACUUCUUCCUCGGCAUCCCCUAUGCCCAACCUCCCAUUGGCCCUCUGCGUUUCGCGGCUCCUCAGCCGCUCAACGAAACUUUCGAGGGGACUAGGUCAGCUUCCGAAUAUGGCUGGAUGUGCAUUGGCUACGGCUCCGACACUGCCAACUUGGGGAACCCUGUGUCGGAGGACUGCUUGACCAUCAACGUGGUGCGCCCGGCAGGCUCGCAGCCAGGGGAUGAUCUCCCGGUUGGGGUUUGGGUUCAUGGCGGCAGUUAUGUGAACGGAGGUUCGCGCGACCCGAGGUACAACCUCAGCUACAUUGUCGAUCAAUCCGUCAAGGAGGGAAAGCCUAUUGUGGCUGCAUCAAUCAAUUACCGUCUUUCGUAUUGGGGCUUCCUCUUCAGCAACGAGCUGCAAGACGCCGGCGCUGGCAACAUUGGCCUCCGCGACCAGCGCCUCGCCCUGGAAUGGGUGCAGCAGAACAUUGGUGCCUUUGGCGGCGGCGCUGACAAGGUCACCAUCUGGGGAGAGUCUGCUGGUGCUCGUUCCUUGGGGAUGCAGCUCGUCGCCUACGAUGGCCAAUACAACAACCUGUUCCGUGGCGCCAUCCUCGAGAGCGGCAGUCCCAUUGCAAAGUUUGCAGAUGCUGACGACUGGCAGCCGUGGUUCAACGCUCUCGUCGAAAAGACCGGUUGUGCCGAUGCCGCUGACAAACUGAGCUGCCUGCGAGGGCUCCCUUGGCAGACCAUCAGCGCCAUCUACAACGGCACCAACCCAUUGAGCGUCACGCCGCCCUCCAUCAGCGCGGUGAUUGACGGCGACUUCAUCACGGCUCAGGGAUCCGUGCUCUUGGGGGCAGGCAAGUUUGCACACGUCCCCCUUCUGCUCGGCAACAACUUUGAUGAGGGCACGGCGUAUGCGAAGCAAGGCAUCAACACCACGGAGCAGUUCCAAGCCUGGCUCACUACCCUGCAGCUGGAUAGUGAACAGGUGGCGGCCGUCUCGGCGCUGUACCCCGACGACCCCGAUGUGGGCAUCCCCGUCUCUCAAGUCGGCCGCCCUGCCGCGUACCCGUUCGGCCUCCAGUGGAAGCGAGCGGCUGCCUUUGCCGGCGACUAUCAACAACACAGCGGCCGAAGACUCCUGGCCAGCACCUAUGCCGCUGCCGGACUGCCCGUCUACUCUUACCGGUGGAACGUCUAUGUGAACGGUAUCGCGGCCAUCUACGGAGCGACACACUUUCAAGAAGUCGCGUUCGUGUUCAACAAUGUGGACGGCAUUGGGUAUGCUACCAGCCCCUUUGCAGGAAAGCCAGAGACGUUUGUUGCACUGGCGGAUGUCAUGAGCCGGAGGUGGGCUGCCUUCAUCCACGAUACCAACCCCAACAUCUGUAACGGCCCCCCGACGGGUCCUGCGUGGCCGCUGUACACGCUUGAUGAGCCCUACAACAUUGUCUUUGAUGUGAACCGCACAGGUCUGGCCUAUAUCGAAGAGGAUACAUACAGGGCGACGGAAAUUGAGUAUCUAUUGGAGAAUGUCUUUGUGUAA